AAAAAAUUAUAAAAUUGUACUUCGCAGUUGUAUCUGUAAUUCUCCACAAUUCCUUUUUUAUUUUCAACGGGCACAGAGUUACAGACCAACCUAGUUACUAUUCUGUGUAUACAACACCAUCAAAAGUCAAAAGAGUAAAAGUUAUUCCGUCGAAUAGAUCGAUCGUUGAUUUUGUUUGGCACAUUAUUGGUCACACUUCGUUUCACGAAGAUUUUUAACGAGAGAGGAAUCUCUUUGAUGGACCGCCGGUAUUUCGCAAAAUGACGACUGAGUGAUCGAUAUCAGAAAAGUAUUCCAUGGCAACGCGAUAGCAUUGACUAAAGACGGGGAAUUGUAAGCGGAUGAAUGAACAGUGUGUGAUCGAGCUGAAACCAUAUGAUCGGUUUCACGAAGUAAUACUUGUCACCGUACCGAUAUCGAUGAUCGUGUGUCGCGUGUUGUUUUAACAAAGAAAAUAGAGAAAACAAAGGAAUAUGGGAAAUACAGAAAGCAACGUAGCUAGCGGAGUGAAGAAACAGACGGAUGCUUCGUCCAUCUUACUUUAUAAAUUAGUCGACUUGAAAGGUGGUGGAUUAUUGGUUGAUAUGAUGAAAAGGGCAACGCAAACAAAACAGUAUGCGGAAUUGGACCAUGCUCUAAGAACGAAAGUGGAACCGUAUUUAUACAACAAGGGUAAAGGUAAAUGGAUUCCGAUCGAGAAGUUGGUCUUGCUGCGAAAUAAGGAUCGUCCUAAGCACAAAAUGCUUCCGCCGUUGAGAGCUAUGGAGAAUCCUGCCGAUUACGACAUCGACAAGGACAUGCAAAACGAAGAUAAACUGGACGAGACAAAAAUAGAUAAAAGCAAGUAUAGAUUAGUCUGCUGGAGCUUGAGCGAAAGAGGAGCGGUCGGAGAAACGAUUUUGCAUUUAUGCAUGUUACACGCGACUGCUAUUCACAUUGAUCUAGCCAAACGUUUGUUACGUUUUUAUCCUAAGCUUAUCAACGAUGUGUAUAUCAGCGAUGAGUACUACGGUGAGAGUGCGUUACAUAUCGCAAUAGUAAACGAAGAUCCAGCAUUGGUGAAAUUUCUUUUGGACAGCGGUGCGGACGUGCACGAAAGAUGCGUAGGCAACUUUAUGUGUCCGGAGGAUCAAAAAGCGUCGAGAUCAGACAGUCUGGAUCACGAAUGGGUUUGCGUAACUCCGGAGACGAAUUACAACGGAUACGUUUAUUGGGGCGAGUAUCCUUUAAGUUUCGCUGCGUGCUUGGGACAGGAAGAAUGUUACAGAUUAAUACUCGCCAGGGGAGCAGAUCCAGACAAGCAAGACACGAAUGGGAAUACUGUUUUACAUAUGCUGGUCAUUUAUGAAAAGCUGACUAUGUUUGAUAUGGCGUAUGAAGUGGGUGCAUCUUUACCAAUCAGGAAUAGUCAACAUUUAACGCCUUUGACGCUGUCAGCAAAGUUAGCCAGGAUCGAAAUGUUUUUUCAUAUUUUGAACAUCGAACGGGAGAUUUACUGGCAGAUAGGAAGUAUUACGUGCGCGGCUUAUCCUUUGUCACAAGUCGAUACCAUCGACGUUACUACGGGAAGCAUCAGCCAUAAUUCUGCUUUGAAUCUAGUGGUAUUUGGUGAAAAGGACGAGCAUCUGGAAUUGAUGGACGGUAUCCUGGUCGAUCUGUUGAACGCCAAAUGGAACACAUUCGUUAAAUCACGGUUCUAUCGUCAAUUUUUCCUUUUUUGUUUCUACUUUGUUCUGUCGUUGGUCAGUUUUACUCUUCGACCUGGUCCAACGGUGACGCCGUCUGCUUCCUCUCCUGCUGUUACAUCCCAAACCUCUGUGGAAUCACCGAUGACAACUCCAAAACCGGAUCAACUUCUCCCGAAUGUUACAAAUACUUUUCAAAAUACCAAUCUCUCCCUUCUUCUUGAUCAAAUUAUUACUACUGCUUUUACCUCGAACAUGAAAUAUUCUUUGAACGCAACAGCGCCCUUUGAUAAAUUGAAGUUCGAUAUCGUCGCGGACUUAACAUCAGUCUUGAGCAACGUUUUGUCGACGGAUCGAUCUCGAAACGAGAUCGAAUUUUUUAAUGAUUCUUAUAGGAUAACUACUAGGCCCAACGAGCUUUACUACUCUAAAAAUGAUACUACACCGAUGGAUUAUCUGAAAAUUACAAUGAUCAACGACACUGUCCCUGCAAAUUCGACGAUGCUCUUUGAUGAUACUAUACUAUCCGCUGGCAGUAACAAACACGACUGGUGGAACAAUCUCACGGAGAAGUGUAGACUAAUGCACCUAAAUACGAUAUCGGCCAAGGUCCGACUAAUCGCUGAAAUAUUAAUGGAGAUUGCAGCUGCUCUUUACAUAAUUGCAGCAUUACGUGAAGCCAGAUUUUUAGGACUUAAUAUGUUCAUUGAGAAUCUAAUGACUGCACCAUCACGAGUAAUGUUCCUCUUCUCCUGUUGCAUAUUACUAUCUUUCCCAUUCUUGAGAUUAGCUUGUGCCGACGAAGUUGAAGAUAUGUUAGCGGUUGUCGUGAUGUUAACCACGGCACCGUAUUUUUUAUUUUUCUGUCGGGGUUUCAAAACGGUCGGUCCGUUCGUCGUGAUGAUUUAUAGAAUGAUCAUGGGCGAUUUGCUCCGUUUCGUCUCCAUUUACUUGGUCUUUGUAAUGGGAUUUUCUCAAGCAUAUUAUAUCAUAUUUUUAUCUUUCGAUAAUCCCAAUACGCCUGAAGGAGUAGAUGAUUCGAUAAGCAAUCCAAUGCCAUCGCCGGUAGAAAGUAUAAUGGCAAUGUUUCUUAUGAGUAUGACAAAUUUUGGAGAUUAUUAUGGUGCAUUUGAGAGAACACAGCAUGAGAUAGAAGCUAAGCUUUUAUUUGUGUUAUAUAUGGCAAUCGUUGCCAUAUUAUUAGUGAACAUGUUAAUUGCUAUGAUGGGGAAUACAUACCAGAAAAUUGCAGAAACAAGAAACGAAUGGCAAAGACAAUGGGCACGUAUAGUUUUGGUAGUAGAAAGAGGAGUGAGUCCAGAGGAAAGGCUUAAAAAAUUAAUGGACUAUUCGCAGCCAAUGUCUGAUGGUCGAAGAGCAUUAGUACUUCGAUUAAAUCAAUCGGAAGAAGAUAAGGAAGAAAUGAAGGAAAUUUUAGAGAUGAAAAGAACUCAUGAUAGAUUGUAUAAAAAAAGACAGAGCAGUAUAGCAAAGAAUAUUGUAAUGUCGGAAGAUAAUGUUAUUUUAUAAUGUUACAUACAGUGUAAUUAACUUUCAUGAUUACGAUUCUUCUUUUACAUACAUACAUACAUACAUACAUAUGUAAACCUUUGAUGCUCAAAAAACGCAUAAACUCAUACAUACGUACUUACAUACCUAUCGAUACAACAUAAUCGUACUCAUGGGUAGUUGCUAUAGGAACCAUUUACUAUGAUCAAUAAUAAAUAUUUGUUGACUUAGCAAAUUU